AUGUCGGCCAGGGAACAAGGGAGGUCUACUGCAAAACCACUUUCAAAGCAAUCUAGGAAGACACCUGUUCAUCUUGCUGUUGCUCCAAGAUCAGAUGUUUUAAGGAGAAGAAAGGAAGAGAGAGAGGAGGAGAAAGCGAAAGCAAUUCGCACUCUCAUGUGA